AUGUCAAUCGCGCCGCAAAUAUGUACGGUUGUGCUAAUCAUAUUAGUGUCCUCAUGUGUUCUAGUCGAAAAUCGCAGUUAUGACAAUGGCCUCAUAUUUUAUGACCUUAAAACGAAACAAAUAAUCUUACCUCCCACCGUGUCGGUAUCGCGUGGCCGUAGCCUGUCCAAUUUCAAAUUCUCCAGCAAGGGUUCCAUAUGGUCAACAUUCGGUAAACCAUGCGAGUGUGCCGGGCCACUGUGUGGCUGUUGUGUUGGCAUCAAAGUGAAACAAUAUAAUUUCGAUCAGAAAAUGUGCGCCAAUGUGACAUAUGUGGGACCGAAAAACGAACUAAACCUCGAGAUGUUUGUCAAUGAAACACAAUCAGCUAAAUAUGCCGUUUCUGCUCGUAAUCCUUCACCAUUUUGUAUACCGGUAAUGUUGGGCAUACCCAUGUCGAUGUGUGUCCAAAUGUCCGAUGUUGGACUGCAGGGUGAUAAUAUGCAUGCCUGUAUGGAUUUUAUGGUUCAGCUGGCAUCGACACAAAUAUUUGAAAUGCAUUUCCAGUGUAUGCAGAUAGGAGCACAGGGAGCUCAAUGGGUGUUGCCCGGUGGCGGUCCCGUUAUACCUCCCUCUCAAAGUAAAAUUACCGAUCGUAGUGAUACAAUGUCUGAUGAAUAUUACGACGAAGAGGAAGAGGAGGAGGAGAAAGAGCAAGGAGAGGAAGAAAAUACUAUUGAAGCGGAUGUGGCAACAAAUAAAUUAGUGGUGCCACAGAAAUUGGGAGAAAAGGAAGAGGAGGACACAAAUAAAGGCGAAUCAGAGACUAAUAAGAUUAUGGAAUCCCAGAAGGAGGAAAUGGAUGAGGAUGUAAAUAAAGCAGAGGAGGAAUUGGAUUAUGAAGAUCUUAUGGAAGAAAGUGAUACGAAUAUAUCCAAAGAAAAUGAAGUCAUAACCCCUGAAGAGAAAAAGGAAGAGAACGGAAAAGCUCCUAGUGUGGACAGUUAUACUUUAAGACCUUUGAAAGCAAAAAGUGAAGAGGAGAGUUCAGCAGAACUUGAAACAUCUGAUGACAGCCAGAUGUCAAUUGAAAAUAAAAAUCACGAUUAA